UUACCAUUUUCAUCCAUUACCAUCAUGUCCACUGUGUGAUGUUGAAUAUUGGGCAUUUCAUAACGACACUGACAGCCGCAUUCUUUGUCGUUGCAAGCUAUGUGAUCCUAUUCAACACGUUUCUGCCGCUUUCUGGUGUUUAUGCCCUUGACGUCCUCGCGCAAGACACCCAUUACAAGUAUUUUGCCCUGUUCAUCAUUCCCAUGGGCGCGUACUUUGCGAUUGCAAACUGGGUAGGCUGGCAGUACUAUCAGAACUCUUGAUUCGUAUCCAGGAAUACGGCAGAAUUCCGGCACGCGCCUCACAACACACGAUACCAGAUACUUGAACAUGAGUAUUCAAUAUAGGUACUGCAGAGUCUAGCCAGUGAUGGUGUACUACAUGUGCAUAAAUGGGUGGCGCAUAUCAAGGGAAA